AUGGCAGCCAAGAUAACCGACAGGUUCACCUUCGUACCUGAGUUUUGCCUCUGUGCAACUGCUAUCAGUCUCUUUUUGGUGAUAUCCUUCAGAAACUAUCGACUGAAACUAUGGGAAAAGGGGGGCGCCGAGGGUUGGAAUUCCAGCCCAAGCCAGCCGGUCCGCUGUGAUCCGAACUGCAAUCAGCCCCCUAAAGUUCCGCUGGUCUGGUCGCAGGAGCUUGUCGACGCCACCCUCGCGGUUGCAAUCUUAUCUGCAAUCCUUAUGCUUGCUCGAUUCACUAUGGGCUUUUUCGAGGACAUGGCUACACCUUGUCGGGUCACCCAGGCCAGCUUUGUCAUUUCGGCGGUCGCAACGCUAUUCUAUACUUCAAGAUUCAUAGGAACGAUCGUGGAAGUAGCAAGGGCCUGGCGCAAAACCCAUAGAGACGACUACCAGCUUAUCACGGUGCAACUAGACGAGGAGGGAGGCAUGGGCCGUGAGGAGGCGGCAGCAAGGGAGAGAGAGCGGUAUUUGUAUCGUGAAGCUCUUAGUCCGGUGCUUGCGUUUUUCCCUGAAGAUGCCAGGUAG